UUGUCAAGCGUCGCGGGUAAACGCCACACACGAGACCUGGCCGCGGUGGUGGGCGCAAAAAAUUGGACGUAACCGCAUCACCAAGCGCCGUAGACAGUACAGCAUUGCUACCGCCUGAUCACAUGUCUUACGAGACCGCCCAGAAAGUGCAGCAGCAGCAACUCAAGGACCGCGUCGUGUACGCAGCGAUCAUAGUACUGGGCUUUGUAGCUUUGUAUAUCAAUAUCAAGCGCGCGGCCAACGAGCACGCGGCAUGGGAAAAAGGAGAGCACAACUAAGCCUGCUCGCGCUGCCGAUCGCCGCGCUACGGAUGACGACCAUCGACGUAGCCGCGGUGCGCGCGGCCGCCGCGCCCUUCAGCUGCGCGAUCCUGCGACGAGGAGACGACAAAUUGCUAGCGGAGGUGAGAGGAGCCGACGCGCAAGCUGCCGCGGGCCGCUUGACGUGCUACGGCGGCAAGCGCGAGCAGGGCGAGAGCUCGAUUCAAUGCCUUGUGAGAGAACUUAACGAGGAACUCGGCUGGGCGCCCGAACAUAUACCUGCGGAGCCGGCCUGCUCGCUGCUCGUGGACGGGUACCUGAUCGCGCACUUCUACGAAGCGAGCGUGGACCGCACGGACUUUGAAACCGAAGGCCGGGCGUUCGAAUUCGUGGACGAAAGCGACGCGCGCUGGUCGGCGUGGCACGCGCGCAUAUUAGCCGCGAGGCGCCGCGGCGACGCCGUGGCAGUCUUCGACGACGGCGGUGAUCCCGCCGCGACGCUCGCGCUCCUGCGCAAAGUGCCGACGGCCGGCGAGGAGGGGCUCGAGCGACGCUACUACGAGCCAUUGUGAAUGUACAUAACUAAACUAACAAA